AUCCAUCUUUCACGCCAUAAUUUUAUAGAUUUCUCUACUGGACUUACGGACAUAUGGUCGCUGUAUGGAAGUACCUUUCCUCAAGUCCGGGAAUUAUGGGAAGGCCAUGACGCUUUUCGCGUAACAUCCGAUCCUUCCUUCUUGGCUCGGUGUGGAAUGGACCGAACUGUGUCCAUUGAACGAUUAUUCGUGCAAGGAGCAUACGAGACAUAUGGUACCUUAGAUCUUAGCGUUCUGACCGCUUCUGCAGCGCUUCAACGACGGAUCGUAGAUGAGGUUCUACGCGGAAAAAAUUCUCUCCCCUGUGUUCAGAACUACCGCGGAGAAUGUUUUAUUACGGACCCGUUGAAAAGUUGGAAUUUUACAGACUUUGCAUUUCUGGAUGCCGAUGAGGUAUUCAGGCGUGUCAACAGGGUCCCGAUGGUUGACGGACUUCCUGUCCCGGCUCAGUCAUUACUUUCUGGCCAGCCUCAGGAGGAUGACCAGAUCGAGGACCCUGAUUUCCUCACAUUCACUUAUUACUUCCAUGGAGACGAUUGUCAGAACGAGGCAAAGCACAAUGCUUGGUUGAAACGCCUUCAAGCUGUGGGCUCUGGGAUGGGGAGAAUAAAGUCAUCCUCUUCUGCACCAAAAUUACUUUCUAUUCAGUAUGAUGUCAGUGACGACAAAUCUCGGAUUUCUCUAAUGGCUGUUGUGCUGUACAUCACCUAUGCCGUUGUGUUCGUUCACUUUUCCGGUUCUCUCAAGCGUAUGGACACUGUGCAUUCGCGUUACGGUCUAGCGUUAACCGGGAUCGUGGAGAUCAUUGCCAGCACGUUGUGCAGUGUAAGCGUUUGCGCUCUUUGGGGUUAUCAUAUUACCAUGGUACCUUGGGGGAUUUUACCUGUGGUGAUUGUGCUUGUGGGUGCUGAAAACAUGUUUACGCUGAUCGACAAGGUGGUUUCAACCCGUGUGACUCUCCCUGUUAAAGAGCGUCUAGCCUUGGGUCUUUCCCAUGCUGGAACUUUCAAUACUUUUCGUGUUGUGGGUUGCAAUGUAAUUCUUGGGACCAUCGGUUUUUUCGCGCAUGGUGCCACUCGCCAAUUUUGUGUCUUUGCAAUCGUUGUGCUUGUGGCUCACUGGUUUCUGGUGCAUACCAUGUUUGUCGCAGUAUUGGCCAUCGACCUGUACCGUCUGGAGCUCAGCGAACUUUUGCAUCAGGGUUCAAAGAAGCCGUCCGUACCUAAUGGAGCGAAUGGUCUGAAGCGCACCAGCCUCAGCCCCGUGAAAAAGCGCAACAAGGUGCAACAGUUCCUGAAAUCGGAGGCGGCGACCAACGGGAGUUUACUACUCAUGCUGGCUGUGUCAGCAACAUUGUACUAUGCCACUUAUUCAUUUCCGGACAGGUAUGAUAUGGAGCCACGAGUUACGGCUGUGGCGUACCGCAUGAACAGCACUCGACCGGCACCUCCCACCGAAGUCGUUCAAGACGUCGUAGGCAGGAAGAUAUGGGACGUCCUCAACCCUGAGGAUGACCCACUUCUCUUCGUCAAAAUCGAGCCUCCUACUGUCAUUGAGUUAGCCAUCUCCACUUCACAACCACAAGCGGAGCGUCGUCAUCAGCCUCGCUUCUUUGCAUCUCGCAUGACUUCCCAACUCAAUCGAUUGAUGAGGAUCGUGAUAUUUCCUUCAGUUGCUACCAAUUUCCUGCUCUACAUAUUACUUCGAUAUUUGCAGAAAGAUCCAGAGUUGGUCGCCGCGCAGGGGCAUCGCGAGGAUGGCGAUCGCCCUUCGAAGCCUCGCACCAACCUGGUUGAAGGCAAUGUCUCAUUUACGCCGUUGCUGCGUGCAUGUUCUCAAAAUGUGGCGAUGAUUGCUUAUAGUCAAGACACAUCUAUUAUUGCUGCUGUCAGCGAUAAUGAACUUGCCAUAUGGUUCGAGGAUGGAUCUCAUCUGACCCUUGAUACUACCUCCGCUCUUUAUUCCCGCUCACAGUCACUUGGGGAAAUAACGAGCCUCGCUGUUGAUCCGUCUGGCGCCUACUGCGCUAUUGGUAGUAGUGAGGGAAUACUUGCGGUCUGGUCAAUCUUCAUUCGUUCGGUCCUAUUUCAAGCUAGUGCGCUGUUACCGGGAAGGAUUCGUUCGGUUCGGUUUGGAUACACCCCAAACGUGCUCACACACCGAACCAAGUCGAAACUAAACCUCCGACGGCCAUUAACCCUCGCCAUAUCAGUGGAUGAUGGGGAAACGUACAUCUGGGACUUUUUUUCUUCAUCGUUGCCUUCCAGAGGAGCCGAAGCUAUUCCUCAGCUUAGCUCCGCAUCUCCCCGCGAGGGAGUCAAGCCGUCGAUGACGUUCUACUCCAUGCGGCUUGCCGGAUUGGGUGUGACAGAUACUAUCAUCAGCGUGCAUCCUCAAAUACUGCGCGUUGGCGAUGUCAACUUUCCAAUCCUUAUCAUUAUCACACAAAAUCGCCAAGUAUUUAUCUUCAGAGAGGAUUCGCGAGAGCUUGCUGGAGUUGUUGAGGCUCAGUGCAGUGUAGUAGACCAGAUUCGGGUCAUCGGAUUGUCUGCCAGGGAAUGCGCAAAAUGUUUAAAUGAUCGGGAUAGUACUCUGGUCAUUGCCUUGGGAACGGAGGAAGUGCUGAAGAUAUACCAUCUCCCAUGCGUUCCUGAAGGGAAGUUAUGUUCAUGUCUUCGACAUGAUAUGCUUGAUGCACAUAACGUGGUUCAAGAUGGGAGCAUUUCACGUCGAACCAGUAUGACCUUCAUCUCGGCAACUUCACCUCCUACACGUUUACAAACCUUCCCCGUCCCGCUUCCGAUGGCCUCCAUUGGAUCUGCCAUCGAUUCCUCACGGCGGCUUCGAACUGCCACUAAGGUCGCUGAGAUUUCCAUCGAAAGAGGAAGCUGGGACGUAUGCAAUAAUCUUAUUCUUGGAGUACGAAGACGGCUGCCUGCCUUCCAGCCGAGAUCAAGUCGGAACGAACUCUCGCCAAGCAGCCGGCCACAGCCCAAGUCGCCGUUUGAGCGAUGGGAGCUCUGGUCUCUCGACCUAUAUGGGAAUUUACGAGUUUCUCCUAUUUCUGAACUUUCCUCACAUGCUGAUUCAUCAAGUCCAAGGACAUCCCGUUCAUCUAGCGUCUCCGAGUUAUUCUUCCACCCACCGCCCGAAGCCUCCAUGCCCACUCAGGUGCACUCCAGUGCCUCCACAAGCUCUACCUUCCCUCGCAUUCCUUUCACAAGGGCAGGUCCCUUUUUGUCGGUCACUCCAUCGAUCUCUAUCACUAGUUUUGGGAAUACUCUUGGAGUUUUUCGUUUCUCCUAAUCCCUCUCUUGGAACACUAGAGCGCCCGUAUCCUUGGAAUUAAUUUGUAUCUUGCUUAUGUAGCCCAGUAUUGUACGAUUGCACCUACAUAAACUAAUUACUUGGACUCUGCAAGAAUGUUUUAGCACGACUAGAUAGCAAGUCUUCAUU